ACACAUUUAGGAUACGUAUCGACAGGGAGCACGCGAUGUAAAAUUACUUUGACGUAAGGUAUUUCAACAAACUGCACCCUAAUGUAAGGUUUCUUGAGUGCAGACUUCGAAGCGUUGUCGACUAUCUAAACUUUUCUUUAACUACGUAAUUGCGUUUCGGAGGGAUCACCUUAGAGCUAAAGCAACUGGAAGAAUCAGACGUAAGUACGGAAGGUUCAUUUAUAGACUGUAAGCAGCUUAAUAAAUUUCUCGACUAAGGUAAAAUGAGGCAGAAAAAGUGGGAAGUGAUUUGUCCAUUGUUCUUGGUUGUUUGUGUGACAUUUACUCUUCUACAAAUGAAGUGCUUCUCCAGUCCAUCAUCUACAUGUUCAAAGAAGAUAAAGCGUCACUUCCGCCUUCCUCCCAUUGAAAGGUUUCACAUGUCCUCUGUAGAAAUACUUGGGUGGGAUUACCAGCCAGAAGAUGAAGUUGAAGCAAGACUGGCCAGGAAUGUUGUGAAGUAUGUCUUGAUGGUUCCCCACAAAUUACAACCAUGGUUGAAAUCUCUUGGUGUGGCUGGCCUGUCCUUGCAAGACAAACAAGAAUUACAGAAGCUAUUACAGUUCCUUGAUGCAAGUCCAAACUUUGAUGGGGCAAUGGGGGUAUUGACCCAGGUAAGAGUGAAAGGAUUCAACAGUGCCAAGACUCUUCUUGAAGAAAGUAGCUGCACAUUUCUGGUUAAAAACUGGACAAUGAGUAUUCGCAAUUUUGGACCAAUUCACCCCCAUGAACCCAGUCACCGUGAAGAUGACAGCAGCAAAGCUACUAAUUGGUUUCAAGAGUGCAAUAUUGCCGAAACAGCAUUUGUUCUUCGCAAAAGUACCUUUCAGUCCCUGAGGUGGCGUGCUGAAUGUGGUAGCAUGAGUCAUCUUGACUUCUUUAAAAGGUCAGAAGGACUCCUGAAAAUAGGUAAACUAUCAAACUGCUUUUUCUCGCCUGCCAUAACAUACUUUGAUCACCAAAUCCUUCAGAGCACUGGGUAUUAUCUCGAUUAUUCCACACUUGGCCAAAUACACAGCAUCUUACGCAUAGUACGUCCAGAUAAAAUCGAAUGGACCAAGUGCACAGAUGACAAGCAGUUCUGCCCUGAGAAACCUUUGACCUCUCGCCCAAACACUCUUGCUGCAGCUGAUGGCUAUCCAAUCUGUUGUGAUGUGCUCAUGGAUGAGAUCUUGUCCACCCUCGUGGAUGCCAUGAAUCAAGUUGGAAUUGAGUAUCGUGUCGUUUAUGGGACACUCCUUGGUGCUGUGAGAAGCCAGUCAAUGGUUCCCUAUUCAGAUGAUGUAGACCUUGCAAUCCACAAAGCUGACAAUGACCAGUAUGAAAAGUUCCAGUUGGUGCAAAGGAUUUUGGGUUCCAGGUACUUUGUGGCAUGGAAAGCGAACCCCCCAGUCACCAGGGUUUUUGCACAUUAUGCUCCAACAGUGGCCAUAAAUACUCAACAUUUCUUCAAAGGGGCUGAUAGCUUUGAGAGUGAUGCUUUAUUCAGUAGCAAGAUCCUCAAAGAGAUGGAGAAACUUCUUCCAGUAAAGAAUGUUGCAGUAGAGCAGCGCUAUGUUGAUGUUUACCCCUCUCCUGAGGAAUGGUUUGAAAAUUUCACAGAAGUUACAAUAAACAAUCGACGCUAUCAUACUGUAGGUAAUGCAGAUAAGAUGCUAAAAAUGUGGUAUGGAGAUUACAUGAAAAUUAGACCUGAAGUACACUCGCAAAAUACAUUAGCAACAUAGAAGAACAGUUCUAAAUAAUGCUCCCAGUAGUUAGAAAAGGGCAAAUGCAAUUUAUAAGAAAAAUGUGGGGUAUGUUUCAGAACAGUUCUCCCAAAGACAUACAGUGCUUACAGGUCUUGCUCAUUAGCUUGAGUGAAAUGUGCAUUAAUUUCUAUACAUGGAAAAGUUUCAUUAAAGUUGCACUAAAGGGGUCCAACUGUAGGUCACAAAAAAGCUUGACAGAUCAACAUAUUUUUGCAAUCAUAUAACUUAUGGAGCUGAAACAUAUAUGCCUCCAAAAAAGUGAUUUUUUUCCUUUCCUUAUUUAUGUUAAUAAAUUUCAAAUAGUGAUAUGGAAAUAUGAGAUUCAUUGGAAUUGUACUGGGAAUUGAGGUAUAUUUUGUGCGCAAACAGUUUGAGACUGAUUGACAACGUUGAAGAUUUUGCUGUCUUCUGAAAGAUCAUAAAAAGUUGAUAUUAACGUACAAAGUAAGAUAGCAUACAAACCUUUGUAUAAAGCUCUCUAUUCAAUAAAAAUAUUGUUAAUGCUUCUCUAAGACUGAUUUCUUUCUUAGAUUUAUUUAUUGAGAUUCAUUUGAGCAAAUAUCAUAAUCAUAACUUUGCACAGGUUUUACUUAAAAGUAAUUUUUGGGUGGGUAGACAAACACUACUAUCUUGGCUAGGCUGGGGUGUAAGAUAGCUUUUGUUUAGUGUCAAUUUCUUUUUCUCUGAGGAUGGUCUUGUACAUCAAGUCUCUUUUUAGUUCAACAGAAUCCCAAGAGGGUAGUUUUGACAAGUAGUUUCUUUUGUGUUAAUUAUUUUAAAGUAGGGUUGAAAUGGGAUUCAUGUAAAAAAUGUAAGGUUCAUGUAACUAUGUAAUAAUAUUCUUAUGCUAAAACUGUGUUAGAUUUCUUGUCUCUCUGUUUUUGUUCUAGCAUGGCUUAGAAAUGAGUUUUACCCUUUACACCCUAACAUCAUUAAGCAUAUUCUCCAUACAUUUCUUAAAGUGCUGACAAAGAUGAUUUGUAUAACAAUCAAGAGCUUCUUUAGUUGGAGAUUAUUUUCUUUAUUCUUCUAACAUUGUCUGACUCAGGGGUGAUAUUUGGGGAGAAAUAAGAUGAAAGUCAUAUUGGGGACAAAGAGUUAAGUCAGACCAUCGUUGAGUACACAUGCCUAAGCUGUACAAAAAAACCACUUUGGGAACUGGGCCUCCUUGUUGAUAUCAUUAUCCUUUCAUGAUAACUUUUGACCCUAUACAUCAUUGUGUUGGUAAGCAUAUCCUCUAUACUGUUCUCCAUGCAUUUCCUAAUGUGCUGACAAGGAGAAUUUGUUUAACAAUCAAGAGCUUCUUUAGUUGGUGAUUAAUUCCUUUAUCAUCCUGACGUUAAUGUUUGAUACAGGGUUAACAGUUAAGGAGAAAUUAGAUGCUAGUCA